AUGUGUUGGUUUGAUCCUCUGAGUCCGUAUACUUCCAUUCUGGUUUUCGACAUAAAUACUGAGAAUCUAUGCUCGGAGGCGCUUCCCCCCAAGGCCCAAAAUCUUUCUGUGCCAAAACUGGUUGCCAAAGGAGGUGAGGACUUGUGUUGUUGCUACGUGCGCUAUGCGGAGACUGUAGUGGGCGUUUGGGUUCUUGUGGACUACACGGAUUUGUUAUGGGAAAGAAAGAAUGCCGUGAAUUUCGAUUGGGAAAAGAAUAGGUGCCCCUCGGAAGCAUGGAGCGCCCACGCACCUCUUGUAACGCGCGUCACAAAAGUUGUGAGCAUUCAAGAUAAUCUUUUGGUGUUGGGUUUCGGUGGUGGAGAACUGCGUUGCUAUGAUUUGGAGUCUAAUGCGUCUUGGAUAGUCGACACAAGCAAAUUUGAUGGGAAAAAGAGGACAACCUGGUAUGGUAGGCGUGUGGACAAGGAUGAAAGGAGGUAUGGUUUGGUUGGCGUCAAUAACUAG